AUGCUUCGGAUACUCUUUUUUUCUUCUGUUAUUAUCUCAGCAAUUUUGACGUUUGUAGGACUCAUUGUGAAUCUGUUCAUUGCAGUGGUCAAUUAUAAGACUUGGGUCAAGAGCCACAGAAUCUCCUCUUCUGAUAAAAUCUUGUUCAGCUUGAGCAUCACCAGAUUUUUUAUAUUGGGACUGAAUAUGCUUUUAUUCAUCAUUCCAAAUACUAUAAGGUCAGCCUAUUUUUCCACGCUUUUUCUGACCUGUUGGAUGUUUUUGGACUCGAACAGUCUUUGGUUUGUAACCUUGCUCAAUGCCUUGUACUGUGUGAAGAUUGCCAACUACCAACACUCCAUGUUUCUCCUGCUAAAACGAAAUCUUUCCCCCAAGAUGCCCAGGCUGCUGCUGGUCUGUGUGCUGAUUUCUGCCUUCACCACUCUCCUGUAUGUGGUGCUCAGACAGGUAGCACCCCUACCUGAAUCCGUGAGUGGAAGAAAUGGCACAGCAUUCGAUAUCAACGAGGGCAUCUUGUCCUUGCUGACGCCUUUGGUCUUGAGCUCCCUUCUCCAGUUCAUCCUCAAUGUGACUGCUGCUUCCUUGGUAAUCAACUCCUUGAGGAGGCACGUACAGAGGAUGCACAGAAAUGCCACUGUGCUUUGGAACCCCCAGACUGAAGCUCACGUGGGUGCUAUGAAGCUGAUGAUCUAUUUCCUCAUACUCUACAUUCCGUACUCAGUUGUUACCCUGCUCCAUUAUCUCCCUUCUUCUGUGGCAGUGGAUUUGGGAGCCAAGUCCAUUUAUAUUAUUAUUUCCACCUUUUACCCUCCAGGACAUUCUGUUCUCAUUCUUCUCACACAUCCUAAACUGAAAACAAAAGCAAAGAAAAUUCUUCGUUGCACUAAAUAG